AUGCAAAAGACUGGAAUGCGUUGGUUCUCAACUCAACCUCGAGCAAUAGCCGAUGCCAGUAUCCCACAGGCCCAAGUUUUACACAGAAAACUACUAGGCGCCCGGAUGUUUAUUCUUAAUCGACCUGAAAAGCUCAAUGCAUUGACACUUUCCAUGAUACGCAACAUAGCUCCUCAGCUCAAGGCAUGGGACGUUUCAAAACUUGCAAAGUUUAUUGUUGUCAAAGGUGUUGGUGAAGGUCGAUUUUGUGCUGGUGAUGACAUUCUCGAUAUCCUACUCAAAGUCAGAGCCAAAGAUCCGGAUGCAUUGCGAUUCUUUCAAGAGAAAUAUCGGCUGGUCCAAAUGAUUGCGACAUUGCAAACACCCUACAUUACUAUCCUUGAUGGAUAUGCACUAGGUGGUGCAUUGGGGCUUUUUGUGCACGGUCCCUUUCGUAUCGCUACGGAGCGCACAAUCUUUGCCACGCCAGAAGCAAGUAUUGGUCUGUGCCCGGGAUCAGGGUCAAGUUUCUUUCUCCCAAAACUCGAUGGUGAAAUUGGUACCUAUUUGGCGCUCACAGGGAGUCGGAUACAAGGAGUGGAUACAUUUUAUACUGGAAUAGCAACGCAUUAUGUUCCAUCAGGGCGAUUGAAUGCAUUGGAAGAACGGCUUACGGAUUUGGAGACAUCAGACCAUGAAGUGAUCCAUCGUAUCAUUGAAGAAUUCGUUGAACCAUUACCAUCAGCAGAUAAGAUUGGGAUGCCGAUAGCAUUGCGCAAUGCCAUUGACAGAUGUUUCCAAUAUGAUACCAUUGAAGAAAUAUUGGCAGCAUUGGAUCGUGAAACGCCAACAGCAUGGGUGCGAGAGACAAAGCACAAACUCCUAUCCACAUCACCAUCCAGCCUCAAAGUUACGCUGACAAGUUUACGCCGAGCACGACAUAUGACACUAUGUGAAUGUCUAAAAAUGGAAUUUGACCUCAUCCAAAAGUUUAUGGUCACACAAGACUUUGAUCAAGGCAUUGAUGCUAUGUUUAUCAGCAAACCUCGACGUAAGCCAGUAUGGGAUCCGCCAGCACUAAGCGAGCUUUCUGAGGAUGAUGUGGAUGAACUUUAUUUCAGCAAUCAGUCACCCAAUGAGCUCACCUUUGCAUCCAACUUGGACAUGCGACAUUAUCCUUUUUCUCGAUACGCAUUGCCAUCUGAGGAGAGUGUACGACAAGCCGUUAUUGGGGAUGAGGCAAAUAACCGGCUUACCACAGAACGUGAGAUUGUCGAAUGGUUUCUUAAGGGCAGCCAUGGAAAACGUGGUGUUCGGGAGAAGAUUGCAGACAUACUUUCACGCAAAACCUUGUCGACACAAAAAGAGGGGCUUGUAUGGAACCACACCCCAUAG